GUUCACCAUGGCAUGGCGUGGCGUGGCGGCGUUCCAUGGUAGAUGAUUGGCCGAAAGGGAACUUUUUUGGGGGGAUAUAGGAUGCCCUGCUUUGCUAGUUCGUCGGCCGAUUUUCUUGUUCUUGUUCGGCCCCGGGGUUAUCGGCCAGUCAAUUUGGAUCCACGCAUGGUCGCGUUUUUACCUCCGGGUUUUCGAUCUGAAUUUUUUUAAUCUUGGUUCGAUGGAGACAUCUGGUGGACUGGGUCCGUUGUUACUCUGACGAGGGCUUGCUGUACUAUGCCAGUAAUCUAUCUUUGCGCACGCACACGAAUUUUUUUUCCAGGUUGAGAUGAUUGCCUUGACAGGACCCAAGUAUAUCUGGACUGUCAGAACAAGUGUAUCUGGACUGUCAGAACACAAGUGGAGAAGUAAGAUCGAUAGGAAAGGAGCUAUUUUCGGUUAUACUGUGGCUAGAGCCAAAGCCAUAUGAACAAUAUGGUGGCUAGGGUUUAACCUUACAAGGGAGAGAUGGGGAUCGAGCCCGAGUUCACUGGCUUUAUAGCCUUGCAUUCAGUAGAAAGUAAAAGCAACAGGUGAAGGUGAUAAAAGCUGAAAAGCAACGUUGUCGGAUUUGGUAUAGUGACUCUGGGGCAAUGUAGACCAUCAGAUGAACGAUGAACGGCUCUGAAGAAAGGGACCAGUGGCGCGAAGCGGUAAGUGAGAGUCAGCGCUGGUUCCUUUCUUUGAAAGAAAAGGAGCAGUGGCGCGAAGCGGUAAGUGAGAGUCGGCGCUGGUUCCUUUUUUUAAAAAGAAAGGGACCAGUGGUUGCGAAGCGGUAAGUGACAGUCGGCGCUGGUUCCUUUUUUUAAAGAAAGGGACCAGUGGCGCGAAGCAGUAAGUGAGAGUCGGCGCUGCUUCCUUUUUUUGAAAGAAAGGGACAUGCCUUCAUUCAUAGGAUGUGUGCAAAUCCAGCAGGGGAUGAUUGCCUUCAUUCAUAAGACGCGUACGAAUCCAGCAGGAUAUGAUUGCCCUCAUUUAUACGAUGUGUGCAAGCCCUACUUUUGGCCACACUACUGUUCUUGGCCUCUGCCCCCUCGUUUGUCUGCUGGUAUUUCUCUUGGAUCAAUCUGCAUCACUGAAGUACUGAACUUCUAUGGCCAUCAUGAACUGGCCAAUGUACUUCUCUGGAUCACCUCUGCCUGUUCUUCUUGUUUCUUUUAUUUUCUACAUUCCCAUGGAGGAAAAGAAACUUAUUGUGUCUUUAUGCCUUCCUAUUUUGUUUCUCUGGCUGUCAUCUGGAUUCCCGCUUCAGUUGGUAUGAUAUUACACAUGUUUUAAACUUUCCCUGCAAAGUUCCAUCUUUGGCAAAAAUACCAUGAAUGCGCAUUCUAAUAUGGUCCAUAGUGUUGUUUAUCAAACACUCCACUGCAGCCAAAGUUUAUGAUUUUGGACGAGACUUGUUUCUAAUCUAUUUCGCAUGUGCAUGUUACAAGGCUAGGAUGCGGCCCGAGUUGCCCAGGUGCUCUUUCAGACAAGGGGCCAACAUGGCGGGCGCGAUCUUCAUGUCCAACAGUGAGACAAGGGAGCAGUGCUUUCGCACCAAUGUUUUUGGGCUUCCUCCAGAGUAUGAGCCCUUUGUGACAGAUGUCAAGCAAGGGAUGCCUUUGUUUCUCUUUGACUAUACUGAGCGUAAACUUUACGGAGUCUUUGAAGCUACCUCUGAUGGCGGAAUGAAUAUUAACAGAGCUGCAUUUCGGUCGAAUGGGCGCACGUACCCUGCGCAGGUUUGCUUCAAUAUUGUUUGGAAGUGCAGACCACUCAGAGAAGAUGAAUUUUUUCCUGCCAUAGAAGAGAACUACUAUUUCUCAAAAAAGUUCUACUUUGACCUUUCCUACCAGCAGGUUGUCCAGCUAUAUGGGUUGUUUGAGAAGAAGAGGGUAGAGUACCCUAUUUGCAAUUAUUCAAUAGGUGCUAAUUUGGAAAAAAAGCACUGCAGUGGAGGGAGACCUGACAAAAGGAGUUUGACCUCAAAUAUUUCUCCUUUUUCUGCUGAUCAAUUACACACUUUGACCGCCCCAAGUACUCUCAAGAACUCAACUGAUGAAACAAACUACUCUGCUUCAACGAGCAAGAACCCAAUUGUACCACCUAGUUUUGAGACAGAGCCAAAUAUGUCAAUGCCCUUGGCAACUAAACAUUCUGGAUUCCAAAGUCACAGCCAUCAUGACCAAAUGAAAUUACCUUAUCACAGUAGUGAAUAUCUCCGAGAUGUUUCAACAGUAGAUGGCAUUGCAACUCAAGUGUCUGCUCCUUGCUCUCAAACAACUAGAUACCACCAAGAUCAUUUUGUUGCAAAUCGGUCAUAUCCGUUAUCUUGUGACUAUCCACACAAUAAUUUAUCUUCUGGGUGCAUGACUCAAGGCCCAACUGAUGGAGUUAGAUUGUCUACUGAGCAAUCAUGUGUUGGCAGUAGUUUGCUAUCUGCUCGAUAUAGAACUCAGGUUCCAACUGGUGAAGACAGGAGCUAUUUGAUUUCAACUCCGUAUGUCCCUUCACAUCCUCAUCUUUCUAUGGCAAAUUCACAAGGCAAUGCUAACUGGAAAGAUGAUUUUGAUAUCCACUGCAACCAAUGCAAAGAGAUUUAUGCAUCUGAGCAUCAGCAUUUAAUCAGGGCAAAAUCCCUUACACCUCCAAAAUUAAUUCAACAGGGAAUUCCCUCUUACCUUGAAGUUCCUGGAGCAUCAUCAAUAAGUCAACAGAAAGAAAGUUCUACAGAGUACACCCAAAUCCCUGAUUGUGCUGAAGACUUUGAGAAUGAACAACUGAAACAUGGUUUUACUCGUGAUGCUUCAGGCUCACCGGGUUUUGGAAAUGAUAUCGGACAAUACAUGUCAGAUCUACCGUAUGAAAGCACCACAACAGUUAGCGGUCAGCGUCCACAAAAAAGUGUGUUUUCUCGUUUAUCACUGAAGCCACAACUACCAUCUCAAGAAGUUACUGGACCAUCACUCAAUCAAUUGCUUUAUUCACUUUCUCAGAGAACAAAACAAUGGAGUAGCAAGGAUAGAGCUCCUACAGAGGAUGUUGGUCAAAAGUGGGUCAAUGAACAGGUUAUUGACAGGCCCUAUCCUCCUGCUGAGCUAAACCUGCCAAGUGGACUAGAAGGACAAGAAGAGAGCACACAUCUUCCCUUGUUGAACUUCAAGAGGCGCAGCGAAACAGAGAAGCUGAAUAAAAAUCUAGGAAAUGACAUUACUGGAAAAGUGAAGAGAAGAAAGCUUGUGCGCCCAUCUUUUGGAAAAGAUGAUGAUACUGUUAGUUCUGGAAAGGAGCUCCAAGGGAAUGGUGUGGGUGAAACUAAACCUAUCCCUGUUGAAACUGGUGGAAACAAGCUUAUCAUUGACCUAAAUGAACCUGCAUCUGUAGACACUGAUGCAGGGGAGGAUGGUGAAAUCUUAACGUGUCCUACUGUUGUGAAGAUACAUACAGAGAAACCCUGUGAAGUAAACAUGAACGAGCCAAAUUGCUCAAAAUCGACUGAUGUAAUCACCCAACAAGAUCCAUCAGACAAUGGUGCACCAACAGAGAUGUCAGUUGAUUUGACUGAUGUAAUCACUCAACAAGAUCCAUCAGACAAUGGUGUGCCUACAGAGAAGAUUUCACUUGAUUUGAGUGUUACAGAUUUGAAUACAAUGGACAAGUCAAAACUGCAAGCGAUCCUUGGUUCAUCAUUGUUGCGAGCACUUGACAAGCUCAGAAGUGGUAAAAACGGUAUGGUGAAAAUGGAGAUGAACUCUGAUGGGAGCACCGAACCAAGUUGCAACUGAUAGUGGCAGCAACUCUACUGCUGCAGCAGCUGGUGAAAAAUCUUGCCAUUCCAAUUUGAGUCUACCAGCAGAAGACUGAAGCUGUAGCGCUAGUAGCUGUUAGUGUCUGGCAGUAUAGAUAGCUGAAAGAUAUAUUUUCAUGAUACUGUGUUUUUGGAGCGAGACAGAAUAGGGGCUCGGUUUGCACUUAUCUUAGAACUUACAUGUCUGUUGAUGCUGUGUGUCUCUUAGGGGGUGUUUGGUCAGGCUUAACUUUUGGCUUUUGGUUUUUGGCUUUAAAACAUCUUUUAUAUGUGCUUUUUUGGCUUUAGCUUUCUGGCUUUUUUGACUGGAGAUGAUGGUAUAAGCCAACAGUCAAAGCCAAAAUAGCGUUUUGAUUUAUAAGCCAAAAAUCUAAAGCCACGAAUUAAGCUAAACCAAACACCCUCUUAUGAAGCGCAACAGUUUAUGAAUGAAUUUAUCCUUGAUACUCAUGAAGCAGUGAUUACUGUGUUGUUAUCUUGUGCCUGCUAUUAUUCAUAUUCAAGUCAA